AUGUUAACCCUACUCAUCCUUUCUAUCUUUCUCUAUCUAUCGAUCUUUUUUCUUCUUCGUCUUCCUUCUUCCCGCUUCCCCUCUCUCUCUUCCGACUUAUCUUCUUCCUUUUGCUGUCCUGAGAAACAAAGCCCCACUUUCACUCAUCCUCUCGCCAAUUUCUCUCUUCAUUCUCAACAUUCAUCUCUCUGUGAUUCUUCGGGUUCUUCGUUUCCGUUCUGCAUACUCGAGAAACAAACUGCUUGGUUACUCCGUGUGGAUCUCACAUUCCACGCUCCUUCAAAGAUCCAAAGUUGUCUACGUGUCUUUGCCGAGCACUUCCAUUGCGAUCGUCAAGAGGAUGCUCACGAGUUUACCCUGUUCAUGUUUGAUGUGGGAGCUUUGGGAAAAGAAGUGUCGGGAUGA